CUUUCGCCGCUGCAGGAGAGGCCGCUAAGAUGAACGACACGGUGACCAUCAGAACGAGGAAGUUCAUGACGAACCGGCUGCUUCAGCGUAAGCAGAUGGUUAUUGAUGUUCUUCAUCCUGGAAAGGCCACUGUCCCCAAAACUGAAAUCCGUGAAAAGUUGGCCAAAAUGUACAAGACGACACCAGACGUCAUUUUUGUUUUCGGCUUCAGGACCCAUUUUGGGGGUGGCAAAACAACAGGCUUUGGCAUGAUCUACGAUUCCCUGGACUAUGCAAAGAAAAAUGAACCAAAGCAUAGAUUAGCCAGGCAUGGCUUGUAUGAAAAGAAAAAGACUUCAAGGAAACAGCGUAAAGAACGUAAGAACAGGAUGAAGAAAGUCAGGGGAACAGCGAAAGCAAACGUUGGGGCUGGCAAGAAGAAAUGAAGUGUCUAGCAGUGAUCCAGCCAGUGGACUUAACAGAAAAACUAAAUUAUCUGAGGGGCUUGAUAUGAAGAUAGUAGUGAUCUGUCAGCUCUUCAAAUAAAUUCUAUAAAAAAAACCACAA